ACGUUAGGCAAGAUGGCCGCUUCCACAAACACGCUGAGCGAAGCAUGGGCCGCAUCAGCGACUAAGUUUUAAACGGUGAUUAGCGUGGUCUCUUUGCUACAAUGUCGAGGUCUGAAUUGAAAGAAAGCUACAAGGUUCAGGCCAAGUACGACGCCUUCUAUACUGGGCGAUUUGUUGAGUGGCCCGGAAAAGGUGGUUACCUCUACUGCCAACACGGUUCCAGUGUCAAGGUGCUCAACGUCGAAGAUGGCAAAGUGUCGAAGUCCUUUGACUUGGGUGACGACGAGGAUGUGACAACCUUUACCGUAAGCCAAGAUGAAACCACGCUGGCAGUGAGUGGAAGGAGUGGGCUGCUUCGCCAAUGGGACCUAGAAGCGGACGUCCUGACCAGGACCUGGAAGUCAUUUCACCAAGGCCCCAUAUCAUGCAUGGUCUUCGACUCAACGAGCACGCUCCUUGCAAGCGGCGGAUGCGACUCCACAGUCAAGGUGUGGGACAUCAUCCGGCAGUACUGCACGCACCACCUACGAGGAGCACAGGGUGUUUUCAGGUUGGUGUCUCACAAGUAUGGUGAUUGCCCAGUCUAA